UAUCUUUCUUUAAAUGAAAAGAUUAACGCAAGAAAUUAAUUCAAUGCCAUAUAAUUUUUUACCUUGGAUUGGAUUUUCACGGUAGAAUCAAUCUUCAUAAAAGGAACUUUCAUGACUCUGUGCUGAAGCGCAAACCCAAAGAUGAAGACCACAGCAGCUGCAAUUCAGUCUGCCUUUUCCUUGCUUUUUGUUUCUUUUUCAUUGGCAAAUUCACACUUAUUUCUAGACAACUUUGUUCAAUGCCUUUCCAAGCAAUCUCAACCCAGUAAUCCAAUCGCUGGAGCCAUCUACACCCCUAAAAUCUCUUCAUUUUCAUCUGUGUUACAGUCAUAUGUAAGGAAUCUCCGAUUCAUGACACCUGAAACCCCUAAACCUCUUGCUAUUGUCACCGCCUUGCAUGAAUCCCAUGUCCAAGCAACUGUUAUUUGCUCAAAAUCGGUUGGCUUGCAGAUUCGAAUCCGGAGUGGUGGCCACGAUUAUGAGGGCCUUUCUUAUGUAUCCAAUGUUCCUUUUGUUAUUCUUGAUAUGUUUAACCUUGCAUCUAUUGAUAUAAAUGUAACAGAUGAAAGUGCGUGGGUUCAGGCUGGGGCCAGCCUCGGAGAAGUUUAUUUCAGGAUUGCAGAGAAAAGUCCUGUCCACGGAUUCCCUGCCGGUAUAUGUACCACGCUUGGUGUUGGCGGGCACUUCACUGGUGGUGACGGAAACAUGAUGAGAAAGUAUGGCCUUUCGGUUGACAAUAUAAUUGAUGCAAAUAUUGUUGAUGUUAACGGUAGAAUUCUCGAUAGAGCAUCUAUGGGAGAAGAUGUCUUUUGGGCCAUAAGAGGUGGGGGUGCUGCUAGCUUUUGUGUUAUUCUUUCGUGGAAAAUCAAGUUGGUUUCGGUUCCUGAAACAGUGACUGUUUUCGAGGUAGCCAAGACCCUGGAGGAAGGAGCCACUGACCUUGUUGUCAAGUGGCAAAAGGUUGCGGAUAAGCUGGAUGAACAUCUUUUUAUAAGAUUGAUGUUAAGCCCCGAAAAUAGAUCAAGUGCUACAGACGAGAAGACGAUACAAGCAUCUUUUGUUGCCAUGUUUUUGGGGCAAACCGAAAGGCUUCUUGAGUUGAUGAAUGAGAGCUUCCCAGAACUGGGUUUACGGAAAAAAGAUUGCAUGGAGAUGAAGUGGGUGGAAUCUGUUCUCUUUUGGAUCAACCAUCCAAAUGUAUCAGAAACAGAUGUCUUGCUCCAAAGGAUUCCUAAGAGUGAAAGCUUUUUGAAGCGUAAAUCCGAUUAUGUCCAACAACCUAUCCCCAAGGCAGGUUUGGAAGGCAUCUGGAAGGUAAUGAUAGAAGCAGAGAAUGUGGGUAUGAACUGGAAUCCUUAUGGAGGGAAAAUGAGUGAGAUUUUACCCACAGCCACUCCUUUCCCCCACAGGGCAGGGAAUAUAUUCAAGAUUCAAUAUAGUUCCAACUGGAAAAACCCAGGGAAGGAGAUCACAGACAAUUUCUUGAAUUGGACCAUGAAGCUGUAUGAAGCCAUGACUCCUUACGUGUCCAAGAAUCCACGGGAGUCAUUUCUCAACUAUAGGGAUAUUGACAUUGGCACGAAUAUAAAUGCUACUUUGGAAGAAGGAAAAGUUUACGGAAGAAAAUAUUUCAAGGAUAAUUUUGAUAGAUUGGUGGAUGUGAAGACGAGGAUUGAUCCUGACAAUUUCUUCACCUAUGAGCAAAGUAUUCCAACUCGUUCAUAACUAGUGAAGAUUACCUGGGAUAUUUAGUGAACUCAUCAUUUGCAAUUCCUUAUGUAUCAAUAAAUAUUUUAUUGGCAGUAGUAUUGCUGGUUGCAUUCUUUUCAAUAAAAGAUAGUUUUUCCUAAU